AUGGACGACAAAUCCCAAAAGCGCCAGCUGGGCGAGCAAUUGCUCAAUGAAGCCGCUGAACGUGUGGCCAAGAAACCGCGUGUGGGGUCGUUUGAUACCGGCAGCGCAAUCUCCCAUUUUUCUGGCCAAGGAAUUCAGCUUACAGGCCACGGCGAUUUCAACGUUUACAAAGGCAAUGUUAAUAUUACAACGACUAACGCCGCUCCAACCACUGCGACAAGAGACUGUCUGCGCGACCUUUUCAUAACCGAUCCAUAUGAUGAUAGAACUGCCCUGAAGCGCAAAAAGGGAAACCGUGCUACCGGCACUUGCGAGUGGAUACUCGAGACGGAGGAGCUUACUGCUUGGCUUGGCCAGGGACAGACAAGCAAUGUCCUAUGGCUCUAUGGAAAUCCUGGAACAGGAAAAUCCACGAUGGCUAUAUUCCUCACUGAACAACUUUCGACAGUUUUCUCAGCAAUAGAAGGAAAAACGCUUGCCUAUUUCUUCUGCGACUCUAGCUUCGAUAAGCGGAAGACAGCUACGUCAGUCAUUAGAGGACUUCUCCUUCAACUCGUCCAGCAACACCCAAAACUUCUCGACUACAUCUUACCAAAGUAUAAUGAGCGUGGGAAAGACUUGUAUCAAUCGUUUGACGCUCUCUGGGCAGUAUUUAUGGCCAUUGCGACAGAUCAGAAGACGGGCCAAAAGUACUGCGUUAUUGACGCGCUAGAUGAAUGCGAUCGAGAAUCGCAAAAAAUCCUAUUGCAACAGUUUCAAGAAACCUUCCAUAGCCAAGACGCCCCAUCAAAUGUUCGGAUAUUGGUCACAAGUCGACCAUAUUCUGAGAUCUGUGAAUACUUGGAUGAAUUCACAAAUAAGGACGUGGCAUCGUUUCCUCAAGCAAAGAAAGAUAUUGAUCAGUGCAUCGAGGAAAGAGUCGCAGAUCUUGUUAAGAAAAAACAUUACACCGUUAAAGUUAAGGAGCAAGUCAGCAAUAUCCUCAGAGACAAAGCUGAAAGUACCUUCCUUUGGGUGGGCUUAGCGUGCGAGGAGCUAAAGGAAAUCCCUUCAAAAGACGCUGUCAAAGUCUUACAGGAUAUGCCCAAAGGGCUUCACUCGCUCUACAAGACACUCCUAGACACUGCUCAGGAGGAGUCAGGAACCGACAUACUCCGACGUAUUCUAAGCUUGGUUGCUGUGUGUAUGCGGCCACUAAGUGUACUGGAGCUUUCUGAAGCUUGCCAGCUGUAUGAAGAAGAAGUGGAUAUAGAGACCCGAGUUCAGUUUACACGCGAUCAAAUUGCAUCCUGCCGCUUAAUUAUUAUCGUCCAGGAUGAAAAGGUGCUCUUACUUCAUCAGUCUGUGAAGGACUAUUUGGUUGGAACAAGUUCUGGUUACUUCAUCGAUGAACUUGAAGCACAUGCAAAUAUUGCCUACCGAUGUGUAUGUCUUCUUAUGGAAGAGUUUCACAGCGGAAAACAGCCGAAAAUGCACUUCAUUUCUUAUGCCAUUCGAAGAUGGCCAGAUCACGCGCGUAUGGCACAGACAAGAUUUGAAGUUAGAGACUCAGAAGCCGAAUUCUUUCGAAUUAAUUCACCAAGUCGGGAUCACUGGCUAAACACCCUAAGUACUCGCUUCUCGUUUGUAAAGAAUACUUUUAGAAUGUCCAUAUUACACAUUGCCGCACGGUGGAACAUUGCCCCCUUAAUGGACUAUGUUACCACAUGUGAUCAGAACUGUCAAGAGUCUGAUGCGAAGAAAGUUUCAUUUAUUGAUGUUGAUUGUGUUGAUGAACACAACAUAACGCCAAUCGAAAUGGCCAUUAAAUGGGGGUCUAUAAACGUUAUUUCUAAAUUACUUUGCUUAAAUGCAGAGGUAAAUGAACAUGUGGUGGCCACUGCGGCAAUGGACUGGAAAAAUAACGAGGAAGCAAUGGCAUUGCUCCUUGACCAUCGAGGAGAUCAAAUCACCAUCACAGAGAAUAUUGUCAGGGAUGCAGCAAGGAGUUUUAAUGGCAAAUUGAUGACGUUGUUCCUUGACCGGCGAGGGGACCAAAUCACCAUUACAGAAAAUAUUGUCAGGGAUGCAGCGUUGAAUUCUAAUAGCGAAGUGAUGGCGUUGCUCCUUGACCGGCGAGGGGACCAAAUCACCAUUACAGAGAACAUUGUCAGGGAUGCAGCAAGGAGUUCUAACAGCGAAGUGAUGGCGCUGCUCCUUGACCGGCGAGGGGACCAAAUCACCAUUACAGAAAAUAUUGUCAGGGAUGCAGCGUUGAAUUCUAAUAGCGAAGUGAUGGCGUUGCUCCUUGACCGGCGAGGGGACCAAAUCACCAUUACAGAGAACAUUGUCAGGGAUGCAGCAAGGAGUUCUAACAGCGAAGUGAUGGCGCUGCUCCUUGACCGGCGUGGAGGCCAGAUUAUUAUUACAGACGACGUUGUUAAAGCUGCAGCUGGAAACAGGCGAGAGGGAUUGGAAAUAUUAACGCUGCUCUUUAACCAGCGUAAAGACCAGAUUCUUAUUACAGAACACGUUGUUAAAGCUGCAGCUGGAAACAGGGGGAAAGGCGAGGAAAUUAUGACGUUGCUUUUUAACCAGUUUGGAAACCAGAUUAUUAUUACAGAAGAUGUUGUUAAAGCUGCGGUUGAGAACUGGGAGAACGGCAAGGAAAUAACAGCGUUACUCCUCGACCGAUGUGGAAAUCAUAUGACUAUUACAGAGUCUAUUCUUGAGGCUGCAGCAGGAAACUAUGAGAGUGGUGAAGAAGUAAUGACGCUACUUCUUGAUCGGUAUUCUGGUCAAAUUAAUAUCACAGAGGAUAUUCUUAUAGCUACAGCAGAAAACGCACCAAGUGGUAAGAAAGUUAUGGCAUUACUCCUUGACUGGUAUGGAGAUGAGAUUGAUAUUACAGAGGAUAUCAUUAAAGCUGCAUUGGAAAACGAGGCAAGUGGUGAGGAAAUAAUGACAUUACUCCUUGAACGGUGUGGAGACCAGAUUACCAUUACAGAAGAUGUUGUUAAAAUUGCAGCAACAUGUGGUCAAGUGGAAUUUCUUGACAGUCUGUCCAAGCAGGAUCUUAUUACAUCUGACUGGGAUAAAUGGUACCGCAUUUCAGAUUUUUAUAACGCAGCAAAAGCCGGAAACGUUGAUACUAUUGAACGGUUAUUAGACGAAGGAGUGAAUCCAAAUCUAAAAAAUGCGUCAGGGUAUACGCUGUUGACUGUCGCAAUAUUGAAUGAGUAUGAGGCCGCUGUCAAAGCUCUGGCACAAAGAGCAGACGUGGAUAUCGACUCAAGCUCGGAUAUUGGGGUAUCACCUCUUUUCCUGGCGGCCACGAAUGGAUAUGAGCGGAUUGUGACUAUUCUAUUAGAAGCUGGUGCGGAUCCAGAACUUAAGGAUGACCUCGGGCGUAUGGCGGUUGAUAUAGCCAGAGAGAAUGGAUAUGAAAGAAUCGUUGAGAUACUCGAGCGAGAAGGAUAG